AUGAUCUUCCAGAAGAACUAUACCCAGACCACGACCCGCACUGACUACCUGGCGGCUGUAAAACCCUUCGCGCGAAGGUGUAGUCUACCUGUCCGAGCACCAUACCCUGGUACAGAUAUCCUGCCGGAUGACGCCACUCCAAAAGAAGUGAGCGAGGAGGAUGUCGUCGAGUUUGCAGUGCGGGGAUUCUUCUACGACUUUACUGUUUCAUCACCCGAUAGCAUUAGCGCAUCUGUUGGCUUUCUCAAGAAUCUGGAGCUGCAGGUCCAACUCAAAGGGCUGGACUCAGUCCUUGGAAAAGCCUGCACGAUGAUUAGCUAUGCGAAUAACGCUAGGAAGCUCCGUCGGCCGUCUUUCACGACCAAGGCAGAGAUGAUGUAUCAUGAACUGCUGCGGUAUCUUGCGAAAGAGAUAUCGAGACCAGCAUCCGUGAGAGAGAGGUCAGAACUUACUCAGCUGGCUUCGCUAAUGGGUCUUUACGAGGUUGUCAUGGCUGAUGAGACCCGUCUUGCACAAAUCGACGUACAUGCUAGAGGGUUAGCGGGGAUGUUGCAAGUCGAAAACUCGCCCUUGGGCUUUGUCUGGGGAGUAAUUUCUCAUCACUCUGUUAGCCCCAGUGCAAAGAUGCGAGAUCCGGGUCUUGUGCGCUCACCAGAUUUGGUCAGUAGUCUGGGAUCACUACAUGAUAUCCUGGUUGAAAUAUAUCCCCUGAAGAUGGAAGCGGAACGUGUACUGGUGGAUUUAGAACUGACAGAGCCAUAUGCUCAUGCCCUUCGACAGCGGGCAUCGAUACUCAACAACCGGCUAGCACAGUGGGAAGCCAGUGUCGCGCCAGAAAGCAGGCCGAUCACAAUAAGCCACGUACCAUCGAGCAGCGACCCGUACAUUGAAGUGGGACACUGGCCCGGUCCAUUGCACAUGUACAUUGACCUUCGUGCGGCAGCUAUAUUUAACAUCAGUCGCGUUGCGCGAUGUUACCUCCUUGACAUGAUUUCCGGGCUCAAAGCCAUGCAGCCCGACGAGGAGGACGAUGAUCAAGAGAUAUUGAAGGCCGUCCAGCUCAUCCAGGACUUUACCUCCUCAAUCCCAUAUCACCUAGUCGAGGACUUGCAUUCCUUCUCUGCGAAUGUCCAACGUGGCAAUACCAUCGAACAGCCUGGGAGGGCAGUUGGUGGAUUACUACUGAUUUAUCCCCUGUACAUCGCUUCUCAGCUAUCCAUCGUACCGCUAGAGUUGCAGGACUAUUUCAAACGGUGCCUGGUCUGGAUUGGACAAAAUAUGGGACUUGGAUACGCUUCUCUGCUGGCUAAGAUCCAUUUUCACAUCGGAGAUCUAGCUGCGGGAUGCAUGAUCGUCUACGGAGGGUUGCUCUGA